UUCGUUCUAGUAAUGGCCAAAUUGUGGGUCUGCGCGGCCGGCGCCGGGUUUUUUAUUGCAUGUGUGGUUUUGCAGGAGCGUUUCUGUGGCCCUGGGAUCUUAAGGAACUUUGCUUUUCAAGUUUCCUGGAGAAGGGAGAAACUUCUCUACCGGCUGGAUUUGGGUUGGCCUGAUUAUUCAGAAUACUUCAGUGGAACAACAUUUUGUGUUGCAGUUGAUUCUCUCAGCGGAUUAGUUUAUGUAGCUCAAAGAGGGGAUAACAUCCCAAAAGUGUUAGUGUUCACAGAGGAUGGAUAUUUCCUGCGAGCCUGGAAUCACACAGUCGACACACCUCAUGGUAUGUUUGCAGCCAGUGCACCAUAUGAGCAGUCCGUCUGGAUCACAGAUGUAGGAAGUGGAUCCUACGGUCAUACUGUUAAGAAAUACAAUUCCUUUGGUGAUCUUGUUCAAGUCUUGGGUACUGCAGGCAAAAAAGGCACUGGUUUGAAUCCCCUGCAGUUUGAUAAUCCUGCAGAAUUAUAUGUAGAGGACACGGGAGAUAUUUACAUUGUGGAUGGAGAUGGAGGAUUGAAUAACAGAUUGAUCAAACUGUCUCAAGAUUUCAUGAUCCUUUGGCUGCAUGGAGAAAAUGGGACGGAGCCUGCCAAAUUCAAUAUACCUCACAGUGUUACGCUCGAUUCGGCUGGCCGGGUGUGGGUUGCUGACCGAGGAAAUAAAAGAGUCCAAGUAUUCGAUAAAGUCACUGGGGAGUGGUUAGGGGCAUGGAGCAACUGUUUCACGGAGGAAGGACCUUCUUCUGUCAGAUUCACUCCGGAUGGGAAGUACUUGAUUGUGGCGCAGCUGAACCUUAGCAGGCUGUUGGUUGUGGCAGCGCCCCCGGUGGGCAGCGUUGGCGACUGUUCUGUGAUCAGCACCAUCCAGCUCCCGGAUCAAGUCCUGCCACAUCUCCUGGAAGUGGAUCGCAAGACUGGAGCACUCUAUGUAGCAGAAAUCGGGGCAAAACAAGUACAAAAAUAUGUCCCUGUGAAUCGCUAUGUGUCUGUGUUCAGUACAUAGUGUUUUUUUCUGGAGAUAUUUCAAGUGUCCGUUCAAAUUCUCAGAUUUGUUAAUUGUUUAAAAAUGGGCUUCAAGCACAAAAUUUUACUUUUGUCUGAUCUAGUUACACAAAGCUCUGUCUGUGGGUCAUUAUGUGUCACAUUUCAUUGCCAUUGUGGGACUCAGGUUUAUUUACUAUGUGCAUAAGGAUAUUUUAAUGAAAGAAAUGUGAUUUUAAAAAUGGAAUCAGAGAGAGAGAAACCAAGAUUGUAGCCUAGUUACUAGCCCUGAUAGAUUAAUUCUUCUUGGUUAAAAAAUAGGAAUAAAAGUGGCUUGCUAGGAUAAUUCACCGAAUUUCAUGUGACGAACUAAGUGUAAACCUCCAGUUUGUUGGACGUGUAUAAAAUGGGCCACCUGAGAGACUAUGGCAGACAUGGGGCACUGAGUCAUCUGAGUGCUCGCUGGGGGGUAGAUAGUGAAGCCACGAAAUGGAGCUCACACUCACGAAGACCCUGAGCAGCUUACAGUCCAGACGGGAGACACAGGCGACAGCCAGCACAGUGGCAGCUUCACGUGUGUGUGCUGGGACUAUAAAGAAGAUCACCGGACCUGAGCGAGACAUUCAUGGCGACGACAGAGGACGUCAGCUCGAGCUUGGACUGAAAGUCUCAAGAGGAAGCAGUGUGGUCCCAGUAGAGAGUUCUAGAAAGAUAUAAACUGGCCAUGAACUUUUAUGUGCAUUCAGGCCUUUUUUAUUAAAGCUCAGCUUAACAUGGAUUUUUUUUUUUAGUUGUAAGAUCUUCAUGUCGGCCCUUAAAUAAUGCAAUACAAUGGCUGGCAUCUAAGCACUUUACCGAAAGGAGUUCUUAAAAGUAAGUAAAAAUUUUUAAAAGUUGAUCUUAGAAAUAGGACCCCUCCUCAAUGCUUUGUUUUGGUACCGGGAAUCAAACUCUGGACCUUGGGCUUGCAAGGCAGGCGCUGUGCCGCUGAGCUGCAUCCCUGGCCCUCAGUUCUUUUUAAAGCAUGAAAUAAGUUUGUUCCUAAAAUUUGUCUACCUCAGAGAAAUUCCAGGGUUCUUACAUGGAUACGUGCCAAACACUUUGAGUUACCAGGAUGGAAACUUCCCUGCCUCUAUUUCCACAUCCACCCCCCUUGGUCUGAAUAUCAGCUUCCUCACUAGAGUGAUUUCUGAGUUUGUCCCGGUGUAUUCUAGGCUUUGGUGGAACUUUGCCAUGUCACAGUCUUUCAGACCACUCUGCCCCUCUCUGCAGUCAGCUCCCCUCUGUGUCUCAGGGUUUUACUGUGAAUGCCAUAGCAUAUCGAAGUCUUGACUGACUUUGCGAGGUGCCUAUUCUGCCUGGGGGUCUGUUCUCCAGGCUGAAGGCCCUUGUCCUAGUUCUGAUGCUUUGGAGCGUGUCAUAGUGCAGCUAGGAAGGCAAAUCAGUAGCAGCAGCAGACCCAGUCCUGUAUCCCAGGGCCACUGAAAAAUGUGCUGUGUCCCUGAUGGGACAACGUCAUCUUGAAGGAGUUCCUUAGUUUGCUGUCAGUAACAUGGGAGCGUCGUCGUCUCUCCUGCAUGCAUGCUGUGGGGAUCGUAGGUGCAGCAGGUGUAAAGGUGCCUUGUUUGUUCUAGGUGUGCUGCAGGCCUUUAUUAAUGGCUCUUUAAGAGUCCAGAGUGCUAACCAUUACACAAUGGAACCUAACAGCUCUUCCUAAAUGUGCAUGUACAUGAUACCAAGUGCAAGGUUUGCCUUGAUUUUGUAUUUAGGCUUUUACCAAAGCGCAUCCUGAUGAACCUUUGUGCAUUUAGGCUAUUGUGAUCAGCUGAUCAGGAUUUAAAAGAAUAAUUUGAGGCUGUGUUUUUUUUGUUGUUUGUAAACCGUGACAAGAAGUACAAAUAUGUCUUGGAAGGAGUGUAGGUUAAGUAAACUGAUUUUAUCAUUUCUAAAAUGUUUUAUGUAACUUUUAUACCAGAUUUUUAUAAAACUUGCUGAAAUGUUCCUGUCUAUCUCAUAAAAAGUGAUUGUUAACAUACUUGAAAUUACAAUAUUUUACUUUUUUCUUUUGGAUGAAUUAGUUGAAUGAGAAAUGUGUUUUUCCUUAAAAAUGCAUAUUAAAGUUAUGGAAAGAAAAGUGAUUAUCAUCUGGCUGUCCAAUUAAAGAUUAAUUUCAUUGUCAUAAAA